UAAAGUCAUGUGAGUCUGUAGGGCUCAUUCUGUGUCAACAUGUCUACUGGACUGCUUGUGUUCGGCCUGUUUCUUCUGCUCAGUUCAGGAGCAUCUGGGUCAUCCCGAAAGCCGGCGUGUGCUGGAAUGCCUGAGAUUUUGGCGUGUCCUAUGAAUCUCGCUCCUGUUUGUGGCAGUGACGGAAACACUUACAGCAAUGAGUGCUUGCUGUGUGUGGAAAGACUGAAAACCAAAUCAGACAUUUUAAUUGCAAAAGAUGGGGACUGCUGAGCUGCUGAGGGACUCUCAAGACCAUGAAGAUUUAUGGCUAUUAAAGUAUCUGAAAUGAAACAUCA